AUGUCUGAAAAGUACAAAACUCUCAAAGUCAAAGAACUCCAAGAGUUGCUGCAAAAGAAUGAUCUUUCAACCACUGGUAAAAAAGAGGAUUUGAUCGCAAGACUAGUCAAAGACGAUGAACGCAAGGCAUUAGAGAACUUGGAAAAAGAGUUUGAGCUGGAUGGCGAUUUUGAUGAGUCCAAAAUUAACCUAAGCGAUAUUCCUACAGACGAUAUCUUCGCACUCGAAAAACUACCCUUGAUUGAGAAAGAAAGUGUAUUAUCUGACGACGACGACGAUGUUGAUCUCAUCUUUGAAAACAAGAGGCCAUCCAAAUCUAAGACAACUGCUGCGUCCUCCACAUCAAUGAGUGCUGUUAUAUCACCUGUUACUUCCACUACACUUGUCGGGGCGAAAACUGCUGAAUCUAUCGUCAAACAAACAGAGACAGCCAAACAGACAGCGCCCAUAUCCAGUACUACCUCGAAUACAAACACCACUACAACGACCACAACGACUACGGCGAAGGCUACAGUCUCAUCCUCUUUCAAGUUUACACCCAUCACAUUUGACAAGAAACUGAGCAUUACCAGCGCUCCUGUCGCUACAAAACCUGCAGUUACUGCUCCUCUUACACCCAAAACUACGCCUGCGGCUGCUAAGCCCGCACCAGCGCCAGCAAAGACAUUGGACGAUAAAGCAGAAAAGUUACGACUAGAAGCCGAACGUCGAUUGGAAAGAUCAAAGCGAUUUGGAGUGAAAUUGGAUGAAAAGGAAAUGAAAGAGAUUAGAGCUGCUCGGUUUGGUAUUCAACCUGCUACCAAUGCUACACCAGCGACAGCAACUAGUACAAAAGCUUCCAAGCUCACCACACAAGCUACUCCAAAGAGUAAAGAGACAAGUAUCAAAGACGAUGGUAAUAAAAAGAAGGCACCCGUUGAUCGACAACAAGAACUUUUGAAAAAGCGUGCUGAACGAUUUGGAAUGUCAAAAAAUAAAGAGGAGGAAAAGGAAACACCGGCAAAGAGGGCAAACAACAAGCGCAGAAAGAAGGCUACUUCAGCGACAUCUGCAAAAGAGUCUCCAGUAAAGACGGUUCAAAACGGUCGAGUCACCAAGCCAAAGUUAACGACGCCUAUUGUUGUAAGCAAGAACAAUAGCAACAACAAGAACAUCACGGUCAAUGUAACUAAAAACACUGUAUUAAAUAAGAAGCAAAAGAAUGUAAAUAUGCUAAACAAGGAGGGUAUUAUCUCCCAAAAUAAGAAAAACAUCAUCAAUCAACGAAAAGUGAACAUGGCCAACAUCAACAACACCAACAGCAAAACUGCUCCUAUUGUGAAUAAUGGCAGAGUGAUUACAAUUGCUCCAAAGAACACAAACACAGCACUGGCACCUGCACCCUCAAAUACCCUGAAGCGAAAGCGCAAUGAAAGUCAGACUGCACCUGUAAGCAAUGGUAGAAGUGUCGUGAUUAACCCAGACCUCCAUCCAAACCAAAGAAAAGUAACCAUUGCACCUGCUCCUCCUGUCGCCGCUGUGAUAACACCCAAGGCAACACAAAACGGUAGAUCGAGAAACAGCAACAACAGUGCAACUAGAAAAAGAGGCCCGGGAAGCCGUCAACGCAACAAAAGCAAUAGUAAUCAACCUGUGCCAUCUCCUGUAGUUGCUACACCUCAAACUCAAAGACGUAACAAGCGAAGUCGUCAACAUUAG